AACCUGCGCGGCUUCGCGAUGUGGGAGGCGGGCAGCGACUACAACGACAUCCUUCUCGACUCGAUCCGCGCCGCCGCCGGCUUCCCCGACGACGAGGACGAUGACUGCUGAGCGUGGCCGUUGAUUAGUGACUGCUGCAUGUCGAACGGGCUGCUGUGCCGCUCGGACGUUCUUCUCCUCUCGCACCUUAUCUGUUAUUGUUGGCAUCUGUCUAGCUCUGCGGGACGGUUGAACCGUCCGCUUGCUGGUCUUGGACUUAGCUCCCGCUGUGCAUCGUCACGCUCGUCAUCGUCAUCGAUCCGUCUGCUGCAUACUGCCCGUCGCUACUUAUCCCAUCGUCACCGUAUCAAUAAUGAUCUCGCAUCCAUAAGUCUGCAUCUUGGUGACACUGUACAGGCUAUGCCCUGUACUGUUAGGCUUAGACAAUACUGGGCAAGAGCCGGUGCCGAUUGUCAGUGUGAUCAGUCGGGUUUGUCCUGCUUCCGUAACGUCCGACAGAUGUGCGGUGUUUUUGCAAGCCGUAUGUACAUAAAGCAGCAGUGGGCGUCUAUAGUAACGCGCCCACAUCUGCCCACCGUACUUAAGUACAUGCAUGUGACAUUCUCCAGUCAAACAACGACGUUCACCCCGGCCGGGUUCUGGCAAAGUCUGUCUCAUGUCCUAUGGCGGUGUCUGCUUCGUGCCAUACGUACCACAUCUAGGUACGUGCAUCCUACCUUCCGAAUCCAUAGUACUUACCUGCCGACCUGUGGCUUGCGGCUUGCCCACAUAUCCUGUGCGGCCCGUGCAUACGUCAACGUUCGGAGGAACUGCGAACUUAUCACCGAUUUCCGGUACAGCACGAACUUCCGAUUUCACCGCCAACGUUCUGCUGGCAGCCGGGGGCCAUCGCAACGGACGGUGUCCAUAUGGUCCAGCUGCGCAUCUUGCGAAAGUAGAUGUACACUUGACAGGGUUUACGUUCCCGGCACCGCCCAGCAGAUCGACCUGCUUCACUUGCCCACGACCGCCGGUACCGGUCGGAGGCAGUGGACUGCUCCCAUGUGGUCGACCCACGGCGAGUCCAACUCGGUGCCUCUGAGGCAGACCCGGGCCGGUGCCAUGUCGCGGCAAAUGCCUCUCUGACACAACCCGUCUGAAGCUACCCUGCUAUUGAUAGCUUCCUACCUGCAACAGGUUCCGAACUGCAUUGCGCGGUCGAUUGUCGAAGCGCUGCUGUGCGCCCGCUGUCGGACAUGGAGCGCGACGAUGAAGUCUGGUACCGUUGAAGAGCGCCCAG